AUGUGUGAGGCAUGGUUGGCUUUUCCCUGGGGGAUGGAAGUGCGUAAGCUGUGCGCCGCAAUAAGACAGGCGCCAUUGCCAAAGGCGAGCCGUGGUUCACUUCAGAGGUCCAAGGCACCCACCCCAAGAUGUUGGCAAAAAAAAAAGUUGAGGAGGGUACGGCACCACGGGUUCCAGCGUUCCAUCACUGAUCGCCGUGCUAACGAGGCCUGUGGCCGCUUAACUUCACAAAUCGGACGGGAUAUGGUGCAUUCAGCCAAGUAUGGUCGUACCCGAAAUACCCGCAAAAGAACAUAUCAUGCUCCCGGGGUGUCAUUCCCAGCCCCACCCCCCAGGGGUGAAUUUUCAGUUUUGCGAGUGCCGUGCGUUUCCAGCCUCCGUGCUCUACUGGGCCUCGUUACGGUGGUAUUGGGGCACAUUUUCGCACACAAGCUGACCCUUGUAGGUGUUGGGUUGUUCCGGUGUUUUGGGUUUUGCCGGCCUGGUGGCGUCGCCGCCGCCGUCUGUCACAACUUGGGCCGGCUGGUGGCGCCGGGGUGGGGUGGCAGUUUUCUGGUCGAAGCAGGCGGCCUCUACAAUAGCUGCGCCUCUGCUAUUUUGGCGUUCUACUGGUUGUUAUUCUCCUUUUGGUCGUUCGUAGCCUCCGUGUGUCGUUGUGCUGCUCCGCCUUGGUGGAGUUAG